AUGGUGAAGAUAAUGCUGCUAUAUUGUGUUCUUUUCCUCUUCUCUGCAGCUUCUUGCCAAGCAUCAAGCGUGGUCUAUAAUGUCGUCAAGCUUGGAGCUAAGCCAGACGGCAAGACAGAUUCUACCAAAGCAUUUCACAAGGCAUGGGCGUUAGCAUGUAGCUCAAGAUGGCCAGCCAUGGUGUAUGUUCCUCGUGGGAUGUUCUUGAUCAAACCUGCAGUGUUUGGUGGUCCAUGCAAGAACAAAAUUUUGUUCUCCAUUGAUGGAACCAUUGUGGCACCAUCAAAUUACUGGGUUUUCGGCAAUUCUGGGUUUUGGAUUUUGUUCUACAAGGUCACUGGGGUUGCUGUUUAUGGAGGCACCGUUGAUGCAAACGGAGCUAGUUUUUGGGCAUGCCGGAAUGCUGGAAAAAACUGUCCACCAGGAGCUAGGACCAUGUCAUUUGUGGCAUCUAGCAACAUCAUGGUGAGCAGAUUAAGAUCAAUCAACAGUCAAAUGUUUCACAUUUCUAUAGACCAAUGCCAUAACAUCACACUUGAAGACAUGAAAAUUAGUGCCCCCAGUUGGAGUCCCAACACCGAUGGAAUACACAUUCAAUCUUCAACUGGAAUUUCCAUCACCAACAGUGUGAUAAAGAGUGGAGAUGAUUGCAUUUCCAUUGGUCCUGGCUCUAAGAAUUUGUUGAUCCAUGGCAUUGCCUGCGGCCCUGGACAUGGAAUCAGCAUUGGAAGUCUAGCCCUACAUAAAAAAGAAGAUGGUGUGGAGAAUGUGAGAGUAAGCAGUGUUGUUUUCAAAGGAACACAAAAUGGAGUUCGGAUAAAAUCAUGGGGCAGACCAAGCACAGGGUAUGUUAGAAACAUUGUUUUCCAAAACAUUAUCAUGGAAUAUGCUUCCAAUCCGAUCAUCAUCGAUCAAAACUACUGCCCAAGUGCCAAAGAUUGUCUAAAGCAUAGCUCUGGAGUGAAGAUUAGUGGAGUGACAUAUAAGAACAUAAGAGGAACAUCAGCCACACAAGUAGCAAUGAAUUUUGCAUGUAGCUCAAGUAAUCCAUGCAAGGGACUCAAAUUGGAAGACAUAAAGCUAACAUAUUACAAUAGAUCAUCAGCUUCCGCGAUGUCAUCUUGCAAGAAUGCAAGUGGGAGCAAUAAGGGAGUAAUCAUCCCUCCAAGUUGUUUGUGA